AUGGCGACGGCACUUCCGCUGCUGCUGGCGGUGAUCGCGGCGGCCGCGACGGCAAGGGGGGCAUCGGCAGCGAGGGCGAUCUCGAGCGCGGGAGCGGCGACGACGGCGGCGGGCGGCAAGCUGCAGGUGCACCUGGUGCCGCACUCGCACGACGACGUCGGCUGGCUCAAGACCGUCGACCAGUACUACCUGGGAUCCAACAACAGCAUCCAGAGGGCGUGCGUGAUGAACACGCUCGACUCCGUGGUGGACGCGCUCGCCAAGGACCCCGCCCGCAAGUUCGUCGUCGUCGAGCAGGCUUUCUUCCAAAGAUGGUGGGCAGAGAAAAGCCCAAACAUCCAAGUGAUAGUUCGCAAGCUGGUUGAUUCAGGCCAGCUAGAGUUCGUAAAUGGUGGAUGGUGCAUGCAUGAUGAAGCUGCAGUCCACUAUAUUGACAUGAUUGAUCAAACCACACUUGGUCACCGCAUGAUCAAGAAACAAUUCAAUAAGACUCCAAGGGCCGGCUGGCAAAUUGAUCCUUUUGGACAUUCUGCGGUUCAAGCUUACUUGCUGGGAGCAGAGCUUGGCUUUGAUUCUGUGCAUUUUGCAAGAAUUGAUUACCAAGAUAGGGAAAAGCGUAAAGCAGAUAAGGCCUUAGAGGUUAUAUGGCGUGGCUCAAGAACUUUCAGCUCAUCUUCACAGAUAUUUGCAAAUGUGUUUCCUAUCAAUUAUAGUCCUCCAAAUGGCUUUGGCUUCGAAAUUUUGGAUGAAAGUAUCAUGCCUGUCCAGGAUGACUUGAUGCUGUCUGAUUAUAAUGUCGAAGAACGAGUUAAUGAUUUUGUUGCCGCAGCCAUAACACAGGCAAAUGUUACUCGCACAAACCACAUAAUGUGGACCAUGGGGGAAGAUUUUAGUCAUCAGUAUGCAGAAUCUUGGUUUCGGAAUAUGGACAAACUUAUCUAUCAUGUGAACAAGGAUGGCCGAGUGCACGCAUUAUAUUCUACUCCAUCCAUCUACACAGAUGCAAAAUAUGCAUCAAAUAAAUCUUGGCCAGUAAAAUAUGACGAUUAUUUCCCCUAUGCUGAUGCAAAAAAUACAUACUGGACUGGGUACUAUACAAGCCGUCCAACUUUCAAACGAUAUGUUCGAGUGCACAGUGGAUAUUACCUGGCAGCACGUCAAAUAGAAUUUUUAGUGGGUAGAAGUUCCUUAGGAUUGUUCACUAGCAGCUUGGAAGACGCGAUAGGAAUUUCCCAGCAUCAUGAUGCUGUCUCAGGUACAGCAAAGCAACACACAACGGAUGAUUACUCGAGACGCCUUGCUCUCGGAGCAUCUAAGGUCGAGAAAGGUGUGAACAUUGCUCUGACCUGUCUAACAAGUUCCAAUGGAACAUGUCGGUCCUCAGUAGUAAAAUUUAGUCAGUGCCCUCUUCUCAAUAUAAGCUACUGCCCUUCAACUGAGGAAAAAAUUUCAGCAGUAAAGAGUUUAGUUGUAGUUGCCUACAACCCUCUUGGAUGGGAACGUAGUGGCUUCAUAAGGGUCCCGGUGAAUGAUGAAACCCUUGUUGUAAAAAGCUCUGAUGGAACUAUUGUUGAGUCACAACUAGUUGAGGUUGAUAACGUGACAAGCAACUUAAGGAAAUUUUAUUUGAAGGCUUAUCUUGGAAUUACAACAGACAGACCACCAAAGUAUUGGCUAGUAUUUCAAGCCCUUGUGCCACCAAUGGGGUGGAAUUCUUAUUACAUCUCAAGAUCCCCAGGAUACAAUAAUACCGGGUAUGUCUCGACCAUGGUUUCUCCUGGUAAUGAUAUGGUCGAAGUUGGACCCGGGCCUCUAAAGAUGUCCUUUUCAGCAGAAUCAGGGCAACUCAAGAGGAUAUUUAAUCCUGUAUCUGGAGUGGAUUUACCACUUCAACAAAGCUUUCUUUGGUAUAUAUCAAACGACGGUGAUACUGUGGAUUCACAGGCAUCUGGAGCAUAUAUAUUUAGACCUAAUGGUACUACACCAACCACUGUUUCAUCUUCGGUGCCGCUGAAAGUUAUCCAUGGACCUCUGGUUGAUGAAGUGCAUCAACAAUUCAACUCAUGGAUUUAUCAGGUUACACGACUCUACAAGAACAAGGAGCAUGCUGAAGUUGAAUACACGGUGAGAAACCACAGGGAAGAUUGGAACCUUGAAAUGACUGAACCGGUUGCAGGAAAUUACUAUCCGGUCAAUCUAGGAGCGUAUAUAGCAGACGAAAAAUAUGAGGUGUCUGUACUUGUGGACCGUGCUGUUGGAGCAUCAAGUAUUCACGAUGGUGAGCUAGAGAUCAUGCUACAUAGGCGUACAGUACGAGAUGAUGGCAAAGGUGUGGAUGAGCCACUAGGUGAAGUUGUUUGUCUGGAUGGAAGCUGCAAGGGGCUCACGGCCAGGGGAACAUACUAUGUUAAAGUUGACAAGCUAGGCCAUGGACCUCACUGGCGAAGAACAUAUGGCCAGCAAGUAUAUUCGCCCUAUCUUGUGGCUUUUGCUCAUGAGGAUGAGACAAAUUGGAAAUCCUAUAAUGUUGCCAGAGCAAGUAUGAUGGAUGCGAAUUACAGUCUUCCUAAUAAUGUUGCAAUUGUAACCUUGCAGAAUCUAGAUGAUGGUACGACAUUACUUCGCUUGGCCCAUCUUUUUCAGGCAGCAGAGGACCCUCAAUAUUCAGUUAUAGCAAAAGUUGAACUAAGAAAGGUGUUCGCAAAGAGAAGUAUCAAGGAGUUGACUGAGACUAACCUUUCUGCAAAUCAAAAGAAGUCAGACAUGAAGAAGCUCAACUGGAGGGUAGUUGGGGACACAAAUAGUGGUCUCACCCCAUUGAAGGGUGGCCCAGUUGACAGUCAAGCUCUUGUAGUUGAGUUGGGACCCAUGGAAAUACGCACUUUCUUGCUGAAGUUCUGA